AUGCUCUGGCUCCGCUCAGAACUACGGCUCCUGCUUCGCGUCGCUGCGCCGCAGGACUUCUGGUACACCUGCUGCAUCUUCGUCCUCUUCCUCGUCUCCUCCAUCGUCUUCAGCACUGACAACGGUGGCUCCAGUCUGGAGAAGAGCGCCGCGGCCUUUGGGUUCCUGGCCUCUCUCUUCUUCCUCUUGGACCUGAUCCUGGUUUAUCGGACCCGAGGAUUCCCCUGGAGACCGGACCAGGGAACGGACCAGAGCUCAGACCGAGGACCAGACGCAGAGACUGCAGAGACCGAGGAAGUCAAGAGUCCUGAGGCCGAGAGACUCACUGCAAAUGGGCAUCUGACCGUCACAGUCUCUGACCGUCACAGUCUGACCGUCACAGUCUCUGACCAUCACAGUCUGACAGUCACAGUCUCUGACCGUCAGUCUCUGACCGUCAGUCUGACCGCCUUUGGGUUCCUGGCCUCUCUCUUCUUCCUCUUGGACCUGAUCCUGGUUUAUCGGACCCGAGGAUUCCCCUGGAGACCGGACCAGGGAACGGACCAGAGCCCAGACCGAGGACCAGACGCAGAGACUGCAGAGACCGAGGAAGUCAAGAGUCCUGAGGCCGAGAGACUCACUGCAAAUGGGCAGUGA